GCAGAAUUCCGCAUGGAUUUAAUAAUCUCCCGCGUGAUAUCUGUAAUGAGUCAUAAGGACACACUCUCCUGCUGUGUGUAGAGAUUACGCACUAUUUUUAGUUCGAUGUGGGCAGCAUUUUACAAAGUGAGAACCCAAAGCUCACCAGAGACCGAGGAAAGUAUGUGUUAGCCAGCUAACUGUGGUUAGUGUGGAAAAGUGUCAGUUAAACUACACUAACAAGUGUGAAUCACAUCCUAUGAGCCUUUAAACCUCUACUGCGGUGAUACGGGAUCAUCACAUCGCAUGAAAGAGCUGAAAUGGCGUUUAACACUAACCUGUGUUGUGUUACUCUGGGGGUGGAGGGCAUGACCUGUGGCUCCUGUGUCCAGUCCAUAGAGGGGCGGAUUGGUAGUCUGGCAGGUGUCAUUCAUAUAAAGGUGUCUUUGGAGCUGAAUAACGCAACUGUGAUAUAUGAUCAAACUUGCCACAAUCCAGAAUCUUUAGCAGAGGCCAUUGACGAUAUGGGCUUUAAAUGCAACCUGGCAAACACUACAUCAACACCAGUUCCAACAAGCAAGGUCUUUAUUAAAGCAAGCUUUAGCAUGGGCUCAAUCCAGCAGGCUCUGAGCAGACUUGCCCAGAUGAAAGGAGUGGUUGGGACUCAGGAGAGCUCUGAUAACCGGGGCCUGGCUGUCACGUUUGUCCCGUCUCUAGUCAGUGUGGAACAGGUUGAGGAGUUGAUGAGCUGCUUGGAUCCUGAUGCGGCAGUCAGUCCACUGGAAGGGCGGACCUCUCGAAGCUCCAGUGGGUUGGAGGUGGUGAAAAUGCGAAUCGAAGGAAUGGUUUGUUUGUCCUGCACGACCACCAUCGAGGGCAAGAUUGGGAAAUUGAAAGGGGUUGAGAAGAUCAAAGUCUCUCUAGACUCCCAGGAAGCCACUGUAUGUUAUCUGCCUUACAUCGUCUCAUUGGAUGAGAUUGUGAAACAGAUCAAGAUGGCGGGUUUUAAGGCCAUUGUAAAGUCAAAACCUCGUCAGUUAAAGCUUUCAGCCAGUGAAGUGGAGCGCUUGCUCAGCGCUCCCAAACAGAGUCCAUCCUCUUCAGAGAAUCUUUCAGAGCCAUCCACGACAGUGUUUCAGGUAACAGGAAUGCACUGCAACUCUUGCGUGGUAAACAUUCAGGACAAUCUAUCCAAACUGCUAGGAGUGAAUUCAGUUGUCGUUUCCUUGGAGAACGGACAAGCUACAAUUCAGCAUAACCUAAAACAAGUCACAGCAGUGGAGCUACAGAAUGCCAUUGAGGUCUUGCCUCCCGGAAACUUUAAAACCCAUUUGGUCACUCCCCAGAAUGGAUCAUUCCAACGACCACUUGCCCAGACCAUCAUACCUUCUACCAAGCCAAACUUUCUCCAGCCGCUGAUAUCAGUGGCUGAGAUUCAUAUUGAAGGCAUGACUUGUGACUGUGUUCAGUCCAUAGAAGACAUGAUUUCCCAGAAGAAAGGAGUGAGGUCAGCCCAUGUGUCACUGGCCAAUCAUCAGGGAACCUUUGGGUAUGACCCUUUAGUGACUACACCUGAAGAACUGAGGGAAGCCAUAGAGGACAUGGGCUUUGAUGCUUUUCUGCCUGAAACAAAUUCAUUGGUGCCUUCAGUGGUAAAGAGUCCAUCAGCGCCUUCUGUCCGAAGCUCAUCUUUAUCUCCAGUCUGGGCUCCUGUGAAAGAGAAUGAUGCUGACCCUUCAACAAAUGCAAUCUCUAAGUGUUUUAUUCAGAUCGGUGGCUUGACCUGUGCUUCCUGCGUGGCUAACAUUGAGAGGAACCUCAAGAACGAGCAUGGCAUUCACUCCAUUUUGGUGGCGCUGAUGGCCAGUAAAGCCGAGGUUCGAUACAGCCCUUCAAUCAUUGAUCCUCAGAGAAUAGCGAGGUGUAUCCGAGAGCUUGGUUUUACUGCCACAGUCAUGGAGGAUUACGAUGAGACGGAUGGAACCCUAGAGCUUGUGGUCAGAGGGAUGACAUGUGCUUCCUGUGUUCACAAAAUUGAGUCAAAUUUAAUGAAACAGAAAGGCGUUGUCUAUGCUUCGGUUGCCUUGGCAACCAAUAAAGCCCACAUCAAAUAUGACCCGGAAGUGACCGGGCCCCGAGAUGUAAUCAGAUGGAUCCAGAGUAUGGGAUUUGAGGCCUCUCUGGUGAAAAAAGAUCAUCGUGGAAGUCACCUGGAUCAUAGCCGAGAGAUCCAACAGUGGAGAAGAUCAUUCCUAAUUAGUUUGUUUUUUUGUGUGCCUGUUAUGGGCAUGAUGAUCUACAUGAUAAUAGUGGAUCACAUGAUUGACAUGUCCCACCACCAUAAUGCCACAGCCGAGGACAGAGAAAAGUUCCACUCCACCAUGCUCCUAGAGAAACAGCUUCUUCCUGGUCUUUCCAUCAUGAAUUUGCUCUCAUUCCUCUUCUGUGUACCUGUGCAGUUUAUGGGUGGGCAGUACUUCUAUUGUCAAGCCUAUAAAGCUGUCAAGCACCGGACAGCGAAUAUGGAUGUGCUCAUAGUACUAGCAACCACAAUAGCGUUCACAUACUCUUUGUUGAUUCUACUGGUUGCCAUGCUAGAGAGGGCAAAGGUGAACCCCAUCACUUUCUUUGAUACUCCUCCCAUGCUGUUUGUGUUCAUCUCGCUGGGCAGGUGGCUGGAGCAUAUAGCAAAGAGUAAGACAUCUGAGGCUCUGUCCAAACUGAUGUCAUUACAGGCAACAGAGGCCACAGUUGUUACACUGAAUCGUGAUAAGUCUGUGUUAAGUGAAGAGCAGCUGGAUGUAGAUCUGGUACAGAGGGGGGAUAUCGUGAAGGUUGUGCCUGGAGGGAAGUUUCCAGUAGAUGGUCAAGUGAUUGAAGGACACUCCAGGGCAGAGGAGUCUCUUAUUACGGGUGAAGCCAUGCCUGUUACUAAGAAACCAGGGAGCACAGUUAUCGCAGGCUCUAUUAAUCAGAAUGGCUCUCUAUUGAUCAAAGCCACUCAUGUGGGCAUGGACACCACCCUCUCUCAGAUUGUCAAACUGGUGGAGGAGGCACAGACUUCAAAGGCCCCGAUUCAGCAGUAUGCAGAUAAGAUCAGCGGCUACUUUGUCCCAUUCAUUGUGGUAAUAUCCGUCCUGACUCUGGUAGCCUGGAUUCUGAUCGGCUUUGUGAACUUUCCACUGGUCGAACAAUAUUUCCCUGGUUAUGAUAAGAGUAUCUCUGAAGCAGAGGCAGUCAUCCGCUUUGCCUUCCAGGCCUCCAUCACUGUACUCUGCAUCGCCUGCCCCUGCUCACUGGGCCUGGCCACCCCGACUGCGGUCAUGGUGGGAACUGGGGUGGGAGCCCAGAAUGGAAUCCUCAUCAAGGGAGGAGAGCCGUUAGAGAUGGCACACAAGAUUCAGUCCGUGGUGUUUGAUAAAACUGGCACCAUCACAUACGGGGCUCCCGAAGUGAUCCAGGUGAAGAUGCUGGCGGAAGGGAAUCGGAUGCCGCGCUCUAAACUGCUGUCGAUCAUUGGCACGGCUGAAAAUAACAGUGAACAUCCACUGGGUUCUGCCAUCACCAAAUUCUGCAAACAGGAGUUGGGGACAGACUCUCUUGCCACCUGUACAGAUUUUCAAGCUGUGCCAGGAUGUGGCAUCAGGUGUCAGGUCAGUAACACAGAGAACUUGCUGAGGAGAGAAGACAGUGACAGCGAGGAGAACCAGCGCAAUGCUGUCCUGAUCCAGAUCAGUGAUACCAGAGCCCACAUCAGUGAUCACGCACUCAUCAUGGACCCACAGCCACUCACUGUGGUACAAACUGCCUCAUACACAGUGCUGAUUGGGAACAGAGAGUGGAUGAGGAGAAAUGCGCUGCAUGUGCAAGCAGAUGUGGAUGAAGCCAUGACGGAGCACGAGAAGCGAGGACGCACCGCUGUACUGGUGGCUGUGGACGGUGAGCUUUGUGCCAUGGUGGCCAUCGCAGACAUGGUGAAGCCUGAAGCAGAGCUGGCUGUCCAUACUCUAACAGCGAUGGGGCUGGAGGUCAUACUGAUGACCGGGGACAACAGCAAAACAGCCCGAGCUAUUGCUGCCCAAGUGGGCAUCAGGAAAGUGUUUGCUGAAGUCUUGCCAUCUCACAAGGUAGCAAAAGUGGAGCAGCUCCAGCAAGCCGGGAAAUGUGUGGCCAUGGUGGGUGAUGGAGUGAAUGACUCCCCUGCACUAGCAAUGGCAGAUGUAGGCAUCGCCAUAGGCACCGGCACAGAUGUGGCCAUCGAGGCUGCAGAUGUGGUGCUUAUCAGGAACGAUCUUCUUGAUGUGGUUGGAAGUAUCGACCUUUCUAAGAAGACAGUAAAGAGAAUCAGAAUCAACUUUGUAUUUGCACUAAUCUACAAUCUUGUGGGAAUUCCCAUUGCUGCAGGUGUAUUUAUGCCUGUGGGUCUGGUGCUGCAGCCCUGGAUGGGCUCUGCUGCUAUGGCUGCCUCCUCAGUCUCAGUGGUGCUGUCUUCUCUCCUACUAAAAUGUUACACUAAACCCAGCGCUGAGAUACUGAAACGGCGAUAUGGCGAGGUAAGGAAACAAGGCAGUCUAACGGAUGUCAGUGUUCAUAUUGGAAUGGGAGAGCUGCAUCGCCCAUCACCCAAACUCAGCCUGCUCGACCGCAUCGUCAACUACAGUCGGGCCUCCGUCAACUCACUAUGCUCAGACAAACACUCUCUCAACAGCAUGGUCCUCAGUGAGCCAGACAAGCACUCACUGCUUGUAGGGGAUGCUAACUGUGAUGAGGAGACAGUUUGAAGAUGGAGGGCAUAUUGCAGGGAGUCUGAAGGGCUCCUGACUUUACCUCAGUGCCUGUUAGGGAGGGAGAAUUGCGUAUAAGUCCAAAUUUCUAUAGUUUGAUGUUUCUGCUGCUUGGCAUAGAUUGAGCUACUUUGGGUCUCCUGUCGAUAGCCAUUUGCAUCACUACAGAAAAGGCUUUCUAUUAGUCUCUCUUUACUUAUAGUGUUCAUUAUGCAUGGUGGCCGAUUUAAGAUGACAAUCUAGUUAAGGCAGUUAACAGUGCUGUAGAUUGUCUAGGAAAAGUUGGUGAAAUCAAUUCUAUUUUUAUGAAUAUUACCAUUUACAAGUGAUUUAUUGUGUUUUCUGGGAACGAUUAAGUGAAUAUUUAUUACAUAAUUUAUUUAGAUUGUUUUAACAUACUUUUUGUGGGACAUGAAGGAAUGUGAAGAUUUAUUUUAUCAGUGUACAAAUGAACUCUACUUUAAGGACGUUAGUACAUUCCAAAGAAAGCAAAUUGCCUGCUGUCUCAGAGGGAGCAAAGAAUUGUCACCAUUGUGGUCGCCAUCCACUUAUAAUCAGCAAUGAUGUGGCCUCAAUUUAGUUACCAAGGAAACAAGACGCUAAACCAUUCAAUCUUUAUAAGAUGUGUAUUCAUUUUUGUUCUUCAACUUGAAACCUUUUCAGCUGCCUUUGCUAUACUGUAUUUAAAUGUGCGCUUGCCAACUUGGCUUUUAAAUGUAUUCAUGUUUUUUCUUUAUUCACUUUUUUUUAAAACCCAGUGCUUUGUGCAAACUGAGAUUGUUACUGACAUUUUUUGAGCAGGAUAUUUUUGUAUACAGCUUUGUGUGUAUUAAUGCCCUUAAUAGAUACCAAAGUAUUCAACAUGUUAAAGCACAGCCUGAAUCAGGCUACUGAAAUAUGUGCUGGUUUUACGAGACUUCUAAGCUUUUUAAUUAUGUUGGGGAUUUUUUUUAUUAUUAUUAUGAGGAUAAAAUAUCCAUAAAGUGGGAAGAAAUUUGUUCUUUUAAAGGAAGUUUUGUUACUGUGUUACUGAAGGUCAAUCAAGCAAUGCAGUCUUCAAAUCAAAUCAAAUCAGUGCAUUAAGGAGUAAUGAUUUGUCACACGAAUGAAUGGCAACUUUUACCAUUUAUUGCUCGUUUUGCCUGAACAUGAGUUGAAGAUCUGAAUAUCUUGCCAUUGGGAUGUAUGCACUAGAUGGUUUCACUAAAUGUGGUCUGGGACAAUUCUUAAAGUAGUAUUCUUUAAAUAAACAGCCAGUUUUUUUUAUAAGCGGACAUCAAACGGGUUUUUUCUUUUUUCUUUAGUGCAAUCUCCUGCUCACAAAAUGUGUUUUCCUUGCCUAUAACUUAAUAUGGGUCAAUACUGUCAAGUACAAAACAUAUUAUAAAUAUUGACAAAUUUGGCAUUCACUUCAAUUAAUACAUGCAUUGCAACUGUUUUUACUGAAUUGCCACCACAGUCAAGACAGUGAGUAAAUGAUGUCUGAAUUUUCAAGGGUGAACUUACCCUUUUGAUAGAGUUGUGUGUUGCUAUGCACUAUGAUAAGCUUGUCAUUGUGUGUCUGUUUUACAAGGACACUCAGUGCCUCUCAGCAUGUUGUGGACACUGAUCACUAUGGAAACCUGCAACUAGUGCACGUGCUCGUGAUGACUCAAAUGAACUGAACCUCUUCUUCUGUUUUUAUGGAUGACUCAAACAAAUGGACAAAUAAUUUUUAGAACCUAUUUGCUCCGAUGAGUUUAAUAUUAACAGACAUUUUAACUGACCAUUGUUGUGCCCCUUUAUCCACUCACACAAUCCUAAUACUAACCAACCAGAAGAGGGCCCUACAAAUCAAACCAUAUGGUUUGUCACAAGUUGCAUGGUUUUGCUUAUGUAACAAUUCAUUUUUCAUUUAGUUAAAUAAUUGUGUUAAUUUUUCCCUCUAAAAUAAAUUCACUAAAAUGCAAUAGUUAUGCUAUGAAUUAAGUGAUUUCUUGAAAAAUUAUUGAAAAUCAUGGUACUUACAAUGCUAUGAAAAAGCUUAAUUUAUAUACAGUAGCACCUUUUAAAA